AUGUUUGGCUUCCACCAAACAGGCUCCCGAACAUGCUACGCUUCAUGCCAUAGCGCCAUGAACAAUGCCGACUUGGUAGACAAGCAAGGCAUUUACUUUCUUUAUGCUGCAGGCCAGCGCGAGCGAGAAUUCGCGGGUCUGAAAAGCAGUGAUUUGGUCAGCUGGCCCCCUGAUCGUUCUUGUGGGGAGAAUGUAAGCGCCGACUUGAGUGUAUGCUUGUGGUUCUGA